GGACGUGGAGAAGGCGAAGCUGCUGCUGGAGCAGCACUUGCUGCGGGUAAAUGAGGAAAUCUGCAGACUUGCUGCUCACCGGCUGCCAGCAGCACCACUUUCAGACGCAAGAGCUGUGCUGCAGCAAGACAUCAAAGAAAGCAGAAGUCGCAAGCUGCACGUCCACCUGCAGCAGCAGCAGCAGCAGCAGCAAGAGCAGCAGGAGCCGCAAGAGGGGGGAGCGGAGAAAGAGGAGGAGCGGCAGCAGCAGCAGGGCCAAAAAACGCAGGAAGAACAUGGAGAGGAGAUGCAGCAGCAGCAGCAGCAGUGGAAGCAGCAGCAAGGGGGCAGAGGAACAACACUCACGUUCAGAGGCCAAACACAACAGGUCACUGCUACUGCUGCUGCUAGGGCUGGUGCUGCUGCUGCUGCUGCUCAACUGCUGUCUACGGACUCAGCCAGUCCCGCAGCAGCAGCAGCAGCAGCAGCAGUGCUCGCACAAGCAGCAGUGACAGUUGCGGUCAAGGAACAGCAACGGCAGCAGCAGCAGCAGGAGCAGCAGCAGCAGCAGCGAAGAAGCUGCCUCGCUAACAAACCCCCACUCAGUGACGCAGAGCAGCAGCAGCAGAAGCAGAAGCAGCAGCAGCAGCAACGGCAGAAGCGGCAGCAGCAGCGGCGAAGCAAACAUAUGGGGGUUCGUUUUCUAGUGGAUUCCGAGAUGGAGAGCAGCAAAAGACAAUCUAGCAGCGCCACUGUGUCAGCAGCAGCAGCAGCAGCAGCACCAGCAGCAGAAGAUGCAGCAGGAGAAGAAGCAGCAGCAGCAGAAGCAGAAGACGGCAUGCUGCGCCGCAGCAGCAGCAACAGCAGCAUUAGAAGCCGCGUUCUCAGUGCAGCAAGAAGACUCUCUUCCUUAGUUGUCUCUGGGCCUUCUCGGCGCAGCCGUUUGCAACGCCAGCCUUUUGUCUUAUUAUGUUUAUUUAAAGUUUCUUCAUUUAUAAAAUAG